CUACUGCUCCUAAUCCGCGACAAAGAAAAACGAAGAAAAUGACUACCUCAAGGCGCCUUGCAGAUAGGAAAGUUGCGAAGUUUCAGAAAAAUAUCACAAAGAGGGGAUCAGUUCCUGAAACCUCAGUAAAGAAAGGAAAUGACUACCCGGUCGGGCCAAUUUUGCUUGGGUUUUUUGUUUUUGUGGUCGUUGGAUCAUCCCUGUUUCAGAUUAUUAGGACCGCUACAAGUGGUGGGAUGGCCUGAGGCUGCGAAGGAGGAAGUUUCGCGGAACAUGGAGAUAUGCUGUGUGUGGUAGUAACACUAACCUAGGAAAGUAGGAUAGUUGGUAUGUUAAGAAGAGAAAGUUGAGACAGUAGCAGUUUGGUUUCCUACUUUCCUAUUUAAUAAAAUAAAAUGUUCGCUGAAUCUAAUUGUGUUUCCCAUUCUUGGACUUAAACAAGAACAAGUUUUUUGUAAAUUUUGUUAGUUGUGAAGAAUUGCAACUUCUGAUCCAUUUGUAUUGCAUUUUAGAUUUUGAGUUCUUCGUCCUUCUGGCUA